AUCCUUGGCCACGCUCUGCUGUAUGUUCGAAAUUCAACAGCUUCAUACGAACGGCACUGCAUAUGGCCGGGCCACUGUGGUACGGCUAGAAUCAUUAUUUUUCUUUUAUUCUCUCCCGCUUGGGUAAAUAGAUAAUUCAGUGCUGUGCAGGUCGGAGCGAACAUCGCGAGCACUCUAGCUUCACAAGUUCCCGACAUUCCUGGAUUUGAAUUGCCGACAUGUGCAUUCCCACGCAUUUGAUCCGGGGUGCAACCGGUUCGACUUUGUGUGCAACGACAUUGGCCGCGUUUUUCCCUUUCCCGCAGCUUGCCAAAAGUUCUCCCAGUCUGGCGCUCCCCAUAUGGCCAUUUGUGUCAGAAGUUCCAAUUCGCCCAACAUCGCGUUUUUGUUCCAGUCCUCGUUAAGAUCUGCUACCACCCUCGCUGCUGGGAUGCCCAGUGUAUCCAAGCGUCUCCCGACAAAGUACGGAGGUGUUUACACAGUCACUCUCAUACCGGGGGAUGGGAUCGGGACAGAGAUAACCAAUUCGGUCAAGGAAAUCUUUGAACAUGUGAAUGCGCCCAUUGAAUGGGAUCAAUACAACGUCUCUGGCGAAACUUCUGCUGGCGAAAGCUUGUUCAAGGAAGCCGUCGAGAGCAUGAAGCGUAACAAGGUUGGGCUCAAGGGGAUCCUCUUUACACCCCUCGAACAAUCUGGGCACAUCUCUUGGAACGUAGCUAUGAGGCAACAACUAGAUAUCUACGCCUCCCUCGUUGUCUGCAAGUCAAUUCGUGGAGUUCCCACGCGACACAGCAGCGUCGACUUUGCCAUCAUUCGCGAAAAUACUGAAGGCGAAUACUCGGGAUUGGAGCACCAGAGUUACCCCGGUGUCGUUGAAAGCCUCAAAAUUUCGUCGCGUGCGAAGGCUGAACGAAUUUCCCGUUUCGCUUUUGACUUCGCUCUUAAGAACGGCCGCAAGAAAGUGACUUGCGUACACAAGGCUAACAUUAUGAAGCUUGGGGAUGGCCUGUUCUUAAGCACUUUCCGGCAAGUUGGAGAAGAAUACAGAUCUUCUGGUAUUACAUACAAUGACAUGAUUGUCGACAACACUUCGAUGCAGCUUGUGGCAAAACCUGGCCAAUUCGACGUGAUGGUCAUGCCCAACUUGUAUGGGGCUAUCACUUCGAACAUCGGUGCUGCCCUUGUUGGAGGGCCGGGCAUCGUGCCAGGGUGCAACAUUGGCCGGGAGUAUGCCCUUUUUGAGCCCGGUUGUAGGCACGUCGCCAAGGAUAUCAUGGGAACUAAUAAAGCGAAUCCUGCUGCCAUGAUCCUCAGUUCGACGAUGAUGCUCCGUCAUCUGGGGUUGAAUUCUCUCGCAAAUUCAAUCACUGCCGCUACGUACGAAGUUCUUUCCCAAGGCCUUGCAAAGACUCCUGAUCUUGGAGGGAACGCUAGCACCAGUGAUUUCACUGCAGCAGUCAUAAAAAAUCUUUAAUUGAUUCAUUGCGACUUGCGCCGUUAGCUUCGAUAUGAUUGUUAUCCCUGCGACCAAUCCUAAGUAUUGUUUGUUGGCGGCCUUGUAUACUAGGAUCUAGUUCAAAAUGCAUCAAGACGGACUAGGCUAACUGUUGUCGUAUCCCCAGCCUAGAUCGUGUUGUCGGAAUGAGUUCCAGUGAAGCUAACUAUGAGUAUUCCCAAAUUGGAUUUUAUAUUAUGUAUUACUUCUCAUGCAUUUUGUCUGUUCGGAAGACGUAGAAUUACUUGAUACGUGUUAAUUGUAAAAGUAAAUAAAACACAGUGACUCCAAGAUAUGCGAUGAAAAGAGUGAGAUAACUGCUGUAUCCAGCGUUCACGGCCUC